AUGGAAACCCCUCAGACCGCCGCCCAAUUAGAGGCGGAAGCCUUCGCCGUCGCCACCACCGCAGCCGCCGCACCUCCUAAACUUCCUGAUGAAUCUACGGAAACCUUUGCUUUAGUCGUUGCCACUGCAGCUACCACACCUUAUAAACUCCUUGAUGAUUCUGCGGAAACCUCAGCCAUUAUAGCCAUUGCCGCCAUCGCACCUCCUAAACUUCUUGAUGAAUCUGCGAAAACCUCUAUUGCAACCGCAGCUUUGCGAUGCCAAACCCCUCAAACCACCGCCCAAUUAAAGGCGAAAACCUCUGCUGCAGUCGCCACUCCUCCUGAUGAUUCUACGGAAACCUCCGCUGCAAUCGUCGUAGCCGUUGCCGCACCUCUUGAACUUCCCGAUGAAUUUGCAAAAACCUCUGCUGCAACCGCUGCACCCCCUGAACUUCUUAAUGAAUCUGCGGAAAUCGCCGCAGCCGCCGCACCUCCUAAACUUCCUAAUGAUUCUACGAAAACCUCUGCUGCCGCCACACCUAUUGAACAUCCUGAUGAUUCUACGAAAACCUCUGUUGCAACCGACACUGCCGUUGCCGCACCUCCUAAACUAGAGCGGGAAACCUUCAACACAGCUGCUGCAGUAGAUCCUCCUGCAAAAACCUCCAGCCAUCAACAUCUAACAGCGGAAACCUCCGCUGUAGCCGCCACACCUCCUGAAUAUCCUGAUUCUGUGGAAACUGUUGGCCAUCAUCAUGCAAACGGUAGAAACCUCCACUAA